GUCCUGGGGCAUAAAAUAAAGGAGAAGCAUGAGAGAGACAACCGCAAGAACCUAAUCGGGGAAAUGGAGAUGUCUGCAACUCUGGCGCUACCCUCACUUCCAAGAACUUCUCCAUUCCUAUCAUUCGCUUCAGGAAACUCUGUCUUCUUCAGCAACGGUAGAGUCGAUAUCAUGAAGCAGAAGAAGAAUACGACCAGUUGCUUGGUUUUGAGCAGAAGCAGAGCUCGAAGAGGUCUCAACUGCACAUGCUUGUUUGGUCUGGGCGUGCCGGAGCUCGUUGUAAUCGCUGGAGUUGCAGCUUUAGUUUUCGGACCGAAGAAGUUGCCUGAGGUCGGGCGGAGUAUUGGGAAAACAGUCAAGAGCUUUCAACAGGCAGCCAAGGAGUUUGAGACAGAGUUGAAAAAGGAACCUGGCCCUACGAUGGACUCCGCAAUUGACUCAUCCUCGGAGAAACCUACAGCUUCUGUGGUCAGUGAGGAUGAGAAAAAAGAUGUAAAGGUCUCAAACACAACUGAGAGUUCUUGAGAUUGGUGAUGUGUAACUUAGUAAGCACUCCAUUUGUCCACUUGGCAUUUGUUUGUCCAUUACUUUUCCAUCUGUAGGAGUAGAACAGUUUCUGUUUCUAAUGUAGAUCGGCUAUAUUUAUCAUAAUGAGAGGUUUUGGUCACCUGCAAAUGAGAUGUUUCGAAGCUUGGUGAAUGAUAUGUUGAUUUUUGAAAAUCCCUGGCUCAAUCCUCUCUUUCUUGCCUCACCAGAGGUCAGAUUGCUCUGGUCUAGUGGUCAGCAGUAUAAUUCGUGUUGUGACGGCAUACUUAUUCAAGUACUUCUAAACAAAUUUGAUUAUCCUCUAUGAAUUUACUAAAUUACCCGUA